AUGGUUUCUACUCAUAAUCGUGAUAAACCUUGGGAUACUCCUGAUAUAGAUAAAUGGAAGAUUGAUGAAUUCAAACCUGAAGAUAAUGCUUCUGGUCAAUCAUUUGCUGAAGAAUCUUCAUUUAUGACCCUUUUCCCCAAAUAUAGAGAACAAUAUUUAAAAUCUAUUUGGAAUGAAUUAACCAAGAUCUUAGAAAAACAUUAUAUAAAUUGUGAAUUAAACUUAGUUGAAGGUUCCAUGACAGUUAAAACCACCAGAAAAACUUUUGAUCCAGCUAUUAUUUUAAAAGCAAGAGAUUUAAUCAAAUUAUUAGCAAGAUCUGUACCUUUACCUCAAGCUAUUAAGAUUUUACAAGAUGAUAUUGCUUGUGAUGUUAUUAAAAUUGGGAAUUUUGUUAGUAAUAAAGAAAGAUUUGUUAAAAGAAGACAAAGAUUAGUUGGACCUAAUGGUAAUACUUUAAAAGCUUUAGAAUUAUUAACUAAAUGUUAUAUAUUAGUUCAAGGUAAUACUGUAAGUGCUAUGGGUCCUUAUAAAGGAUUAAAAGAUGUUAGAAGAGUAGUUGAAGAUUGUAUGAAUAAUGUUCAUCCUAUUUAUCAUAUUAAAGAAUUAAUGAUCAAACAAGAAUUAAGUAAAAAACCUGAAUUAGCUAAUGAAGAUUGGUCAAGAUUUUUACCAAGUUUCAAGAAACGUAAUGUACAAAGAAAGAAGGCUAAGAUUCAAAAGAAAGUUUACACUCCUUUCCCACCUCAACAAUUACCUAGAAAAGUUGAUUUACAAAUUGAAAGUGGUGAAUAUUUCUUAAAGAAGGGUGAAAAGAAACAAAAGAAAUUGGAUGAAAAAAUGGAAAAACAAAUUGAAACCGUGGAAGCUAAUAAACAAAAGAGAUUGAAAGAUUAUGAAGCUCCUGAAGAAGAAGUUUAUGAGAAUAAGUUAAUUAAGUAG